AUGGGGAUGCAGGGAGGGGAGAUGGGGAUGCAGGGAGGGGAGAUGGGGAUGCAGGGAGGGGAGAUGGGGAUGCAGGGAGGGGAGAAGGGGAUGCAGGGAGGGGAAAUGGGGAUGCAGGGAAGGGAGAAGGGGAUGCAGGGAGGGGAGAUGGGGAUGCAGGGAGGGGAGAUGGGGAUGCAGGGAGGGGAGAUGGGGAUGCAGGGAGGGGAGAUGGGGAUGCAGGGAGGGGAGAUGGGGAUGCAGGGAGGGGAGAUGGGGAUGCAGGAAGGGGAGAUGGGGAUGCAGGGAGGGGAGAUGGGGAUGCAGGGAGGGGAGAAGGGGAUGCAGGGAGGGGAGAUGGGGAUGCAGGGAGGGGAGAAGGGGAUGCAGGGAGGGGAGAUGGGGAUGCAGGGAGGGGAGAAGGGGAUGCAGGGAGGGGAGAUGGGGAUGCAGAGAGGGGAGAAGGGGAUGCAGGGAGGGGAGAUGGGGAUGCAGGGAGGGGAGAUGGGGAUGCAGGGAGGGGAGAUGGGGAUGCAGGGAGGGGAGAUGGGGAUGCAGGGAGGGGAGAUGGGGAUGCAGGGAGGGGAGAUGGGGAUGCAGGGAGGGGAGAAGGGGAUGCAGGGAGGGGAGAUGGGGAUCCAGGGAGGGGAGAAGGGGAUGCAGGGAGGGGAGAUGGGGAUGCAGGGAGGGGAGAUGGGGAUGCAGGGAGGGGAGAUGGGGAUGCAGGGAGGGGAGAUGGGGAUGCAGGGAGGGGAGAUGGGGAUGCAGGGAGGGGAGAAGGGGAUGCAGGGAGGGGAGAUGGGGAUGCAGGGAGGGGAGAAGGGGAUGCAGGGAGGGGAGAUGGGGAUGCAGGGAGGGGAGAUGGGGAUGCAGGGAGGGGAGAUGGGGAUGCAGGGAGGGGAGAUGGGGAUGCAGGGAGGGGAGAUGGGGAUGCAGGGAGGGGAGAUGGGGAUGCAGGGAGGGGAGAUGGGGAUGCAGGGAGGGGAGAUGGGGAUGCAGGGAGGGGAGAUGGGGAUGCAGGGAGGGGAGAUGGGGAUGCAGGGAGGGGAGAUGGGGAGGCGGAAAGGGGAGAUCGAGAGGCGGAAAGGGGAGAUGGGGAGGCGGAAAGGGGAGAUCGAGAGGCGGAAAGGGGAGAUCGAGAGGCGGAAAGGGGAGAUCGAGAGGCGGAAAGCGGAGAUCGAGAGGCGGAAAGGGGAGAUCGAGAGGCGGAAAGGGGAGAUCGAGAGGCGAAAAGGGGAGAUCGAGAGGUGGAAAGCGGAGAUCGAGAGGCGGAAAGCGGAGAUCGAGAGGAGGCAAGGGGAGAUCGAGAGGCAGAAAGGGGAGAAGGGCUGGUGGGACCGGGAGGCCGCGGCGACUGUGAUCCAGCGAGAGCACACUGUUCGGCAGAUUGAGGCGCGGCGAUCUUGUCCACAGAACGUGAGGACUUAUCGUGGUGCGGCGAAGCGACGCCGCGAUGGGAAACGAGGCGAGGCUGCGAGACGAGGUCCGGCGAGGCAGCUCGGCGAGGCCGCGAAGGAAGGCGAGAAAGGCAUGUCAGCGGAAGGCAACGACAAAGUCCCGGAAACCAAUGCGAUGCAGCGAGGGGCGAUGCGAGGCAAUGGACUGGCAUGUGACGAGAGUGACAAUUACGCUAUUUUCUGGCGAUUGAAAGCGAAUUUGGCGAGCUACGCCUCGGCGGAUUCCUAG